GUUUUGGUUUGUGCAUCCAAAGGUAUCGUAUCGAAAGCAUUUUCAUAUAGAAAUUUAUGGUUCCUCGCCAUGGCCAGCAAUAGAUUACCGCCAUUCCGCUACGAUAAGGCAGCCGUCCGGCAAUGCCGACUGUGUCUCCGUAUUCUGAACCGGAAACACUUGGUCCAGAGCCUUCUGAAGGAGAACGACUUUUUACGAAGGAAAAUUGAGGAUGUCAUUUACACCAAAAUCAUCCGCGGCGACCGGUUGACAUUCGUCUGCACCAACUGCUUGCAGCUGGUGGAUAUUGUGUACAACUUUCGAAUGGCCUGCCGGAAAACGGAUUUGAUUCACACAAUCAAACCUCUUGCUCUGGAUGGGGGAAGUUGGAUUUCACAGGAAAACAAACGGAAGCUUACAGAGUGCCAGGAGCUGAUUAAGAAGCACCGCGAGCAAAUGGAUGUUUUGUUCAACUGUACCGAAUUGGGGAAUGGCAACAAACUACAGAAUGUUGUGCAGGUGCCAGCAGUCUUGGAACCGGAAAUCAAAACUGAACAUCCCGGUGAAGAGAUCGAUGAAGAGAUGGUAGAAGAACAUUUGGAUGAGGAGAUGUCGGAGGAACAACUGGCACCGGGCGAUGGGGAUCUUCCCUUCAUCAAGUCAGAACCAAUAGUCCAGCAGCAAGAUGAAGAGCUAGAGUUUCCUGUUUUUGCUACAGUUGAUGUGAAGGUUGAGAUAAAUAUGCACGACAGCGAACCAGAAGAGAGCGCCCAGGUUGCUGUUAAGCUGGACAAGCUCACACGGCCAAAGAAGCGUGGCCCUUACAAAAAGAAACCUCCAAAGCCGAAAAAGAAGCCCAAUCGUGGACGUUUCAUUUGCGAAGUGUGUGGCGAAUCGGUAACUAGUGAGUAUCGUGAAGAACAUGAGAACAGGUUUCACAAUCAAGUCAAACCGUAUUCGUGUCCUGUGGACGGUUGCGAGAGCAAGUUCCAUUCUAGCUUCUACCUCAAAAGACAUACGAGCGUAAUACACAAACCGCGUGAGCGAAAAAUCUGCCCGAUAUGCAACAAGAGCCUGAAAAACCUCAGAACACACCUUGGUAAGACACACUCGGAACACUGUAAAACGACCUGUCCCGUUUGCAAGAAAUGGUUUUACAAAGACUACAUUCCGACACAUCUUCGCACCCAUACCGGUGAAAUGCCGCAUCAGUGUGAUGUUUGCCAGAAGAAGUUCCUCACCAAGGGCAACUUGACGGCUCACAUGAGUAGAAAGUGUCGCCGUUUGGAGGCGACGACGGAGCAAAUGGAACCUACCGUUACCACGACGUUCGUCGCCGAAGAAAUCGACUUGGGACAGUUGUUAUCGUAAUGUUUGCGCGAGUAAAGGAACGCUUUUGUUUUAAUGUAAAUCUAUCGAA